UCAGCGACGUCUGGUGUUUCCCGUACCGUAACUUUGGCGCGCCGCUUUGAAAGAAUGGAGUAAUCGAGAAAAAACAGACGAGUUUUGUGAUCAUAACAAUUGAUCGAUGUAAAACAGGUAGGGAAACGAUUCGUGAGGACGUGAUUUAAAGUUCUGCAGCUGAUCGCUGCCGGGUAAUGUUGUUUAUUUAUUAGAUACGUGUGCGUGUUUGUGGAAGUCAGAAUUUCGAGCGAUAGACAGAAUGACGUCUACAAAAGAGAUCAAACAGCUGCAGAAAGCUAAAAAUAAAGCCCAAAGCAGCAAUAAUCUGAAAGAGGAGGCCAGUCUGUGCAAUCAGCUGGGAGAGGUGUUGGCUAAAACAGGUGACUACCGUGCAGCUAUCGAAGAGCAUCGCCAGGAAUUAGCCCUGUCUGAGAUUUUGAACGACGUCAUUGGUUGUGCUGUGGCCAAUAGGAAGAUUGGAGAAUGUUACGCAGAGCUAGGCAACAUUGAGGCCGCUCUAAAGCAUCAGAGGCUUCAUCUGAAUCUGGCGCGAUCCGUCAAUGAUGCGGCAGAGGAGCAGAGAGCCCAGGCCACCAUCGGACGGACGUUCCUCUUCCUCUUUGAUUCCGACCAAUCACGGGAGAGCUUGCAGCAUGCUGAAGAGGCCUUCAAGAAGAGUUUGGCCAUCGUUGAUGAGCGGUUAGAAGGUACAGUUUCGUCACGAGAGCUCAGUGAGAUGAGAGCUCGUCUGCUGCUCAAUCUGGGUUGCGUGUAUGAUGGGAUGAAGGAACCACAGCGGUGCAGUGAUCUUAUCCGACAGAGCAUCUACAUCGCUGAAAAGAACGACCUUAUGGAGGAUCUUUAUCGUGCCAACUUCAACCUGGGCAGCAUCCACUUCCGAAACGGGCAGCACUCGCGUGCCAUGCGCUGUUUUGAGCAGUCCAAAGAAUGUGCCCGAAAAACCAAGGAUAAAUUCAGCGAGAGCGAAUGUUUCCAUAGCAUCGGCAAGAUAUUACUUCAUCUUGGUGAUUUCGCGGCAGCUCGGCGUUCUCUGAAGAAAUCUUUCUGUCUGGGCUCCCAGCAGCCUGCAGAACGAGAAGCUGUGAGGAGAGAUUUUAAACACGCGAUCCGAGGCUGUCAGCUGGAGCAGGCGGCGUCAGAAGUAAGCGAGAAUUUUUCCCAUGAGGCCAUGGGGCUGUCCGAGCAGUUGGGUGAUCUCUACUGUAAAGUGGGCUGCUAUAACAAGGCUUUGGAAGCGUAUCAGACACAGCUGGCGUGUGCCGAGGCUUUGGAUAGGCCGGCCCGCGAGUUAGCCGUGAUUCACGUGUCGCUGGCGGCCACGCACACGGACCUGCGACAGCAUCACAGAGCUGUGGAACAUUACAGACAGGAGCUGCAGCUGAGACAGGGAAACCCUAACGAGGAGUGCGAGACGUGGUUGAACAUCGCUGUGUGUCAGGAGGAGAUGGGAGACCCGAUGGAGAAAACGGGUGAUAGUUACACCGCGGCUCUGAGCUGCGCUGAGCGAUCGGGAUUAAAACAACAGAGGCGGGUCUUGAGGGCGUGGCUACAGGCCCAACGGCGCUGCAGCUCCUCCCAGUGUGACGACACCGAGGCGAGGUUGCAGGAGCUGUGUGAGCGUGAUGGGCGGAGUCUGGAGGAGAGCGAUGAUGAGGAGGAGGAGGAGAUAGAGAACAGUGAACCGCUGGAGGACAGUGACAUCCAGUGCUCAGACUCCGAUGAGGAUCUGGAGGGCUACGAUAAGAUGGUCACGGGCAAGAGAAAGACUCAGAGGUGGACCCGGCGGAACGAAAAGGGAGAGUCUGUUCUUCACAGGGCUUGCAUCGAGGGGAAUUUCAAGCAGGUCCAAUAUCUGCUCGACCAGGGUCAUCCUGUAAACGUCAGAGAUUACUGCGGCUGGACUCCUCUGCAUGAGGCAUGUAACUACGGUCAUGAAGAAGUCGUAGGUUUACUGCUGGAACGUGGUGCGAAUAUAAAUGACCCGGGGGGUCGAGCGUGUGAGGGGGUGACGCCUCUGCAUGACACACUGAACUGCGGACACUUCAGCGUAGCUCGAAUACUGAUACAGAGAGGGGCGUCCGUCACCGUUCGCAAUGGCAAGGGACACACGCCUUUAGACACACUGCGUCAGUGGUUUAAGACGUACAGCCGGGAGUUAGACCAUGAGACGAAGCAGGAAUGUUUGGAGACCGAGAAACUUCUGAAGAAGGCUUUAUCCGGCGACGUGUGUGUUGUGUCGGCUGCUCCGGCCCAGCGGAGCGAGCUACAGGACAGUCAGCUCUUUGAUGCUGAGUGUUCAGAACCGCUGCUGCAGGAGGAUGUGCCCCCCUCACCGCAGCGAAACGCCCCCCGCCCGGUGACCAGCCCCGCCCACAAAAACUCCGCCUCCAGACACAGGGGCUCUACGGGCCCAGCUCGCCGUGCACGAGGGAUGGAAGCAGACGUCCUGUACGGGAUCGAAAGCAAUCCGUCGGAUUUUUCCGACUCGGAUUGUUCGGUCAGCCCUCUGCGUCAUGUUCGGUCAACCUCACGUUUCCCAUCCAGCCAGUCCCCGCAGAAAGUCCCGCCCAGUCAGGAAGUGCCCUCCGUGUAUGGGGUCAGAAAUGCAGCGUCUCCUCUUGCGAAAGAAUCGUGCAGAAUUCAGUACCAUAAGGUCAUGCAGAACCUGGGCAGCGCCAAAUCACGCCUUUUCACUCAGAGCCUAUCAGAGCCGGCCUUCAGCAGCACUCCAGCGGUGUCAGCCAAUAGCAGAUCGGCGUUGGUCCCCGAAGACGAGUAUGUGGCGGACGAUUGGUUGGAGGAUGACUUGGGAGAUGUUCAGCCCAAGAAGAAACGGAGAGUUUCUGAGCAUAAUGUCACGCAGGAAUCAUCUUGGAGAAAUCAGAAUAAUUUCUCUGUGUCUGCGGAAGUGCAUCCGAAAGUUCAGAGUUCCUCCAGCAGGGGUCUCUCUCUGAAAAAGGGAGCCGGUAAAGCUCGACAAGUGAAGAUGAAUCAUCUGCCUGGAAUGGUGAUGUUGGGUAGAAGAGAGGUGAGCAGGUCACAGAGCCCCACCAUGACCCAAGACCCCGACCCUGCACCUCUGUCCCAUCAGCCAAUGCCACACACAGGGCUCCUGAGCGGAGCCUCUCACCAUGUGCCUGCACCAAUCAGGAUGAGGGUCAGAGUUCAGGACAACGUCUUCUUGAUUCCGGUCCCUCACAGUGAGGGGGACUCUUGUACGGUAGCGUGGUUGUGCGAGCAGGCCGCUCAGCGUUACUAUCAGAAGUGUGGAUUACUGCCGCGCCUCUCCCUGCAGAAAGAGGGCGCUCUUCUCCUUCCCACAGACCCACUGCUGGCUGUGCUGCACACCAAUGAAGAGGUUUUUGCUGAAGUUUGUUCGUGGGAUUUGCCUCCGCUCCCCGAGCGCUACAGGAAAGCUUGUCAGACUCUGACAGUGGAGGAGAACAAACGUGUGUCUCGCUUGUGUGAGGUUCAGGACAACGGUUCCUGCGUGAAUGUGUGCGGACUGAGUUUGCCGCCCGCGUCGCUGGCUCCUCUCCUCCGAGCGUUAAAACUACAGGCCAGUCUGACCGAGCUCCGGCUCUCCGGAAACCGUCUGAACGACGACCUCCUACCCGAACUGAUGUCCGCCGCGGCCACCAUGCCCAAACUGCGGAUUUUAGACAUGUCGGCCAAUCAGAUCACAGGAGAGGGACUCUGUAAAGCAUCAGACGCUUUCGAGGGGCGGAGUCAACAUGCAUUUCCUUGUCUAGAGGAGUUGAAUUUCAGCACGAAUCCUCUGGGCGAUGGGUGGGCACAAGCACUAGCGACUCUCCUGUCCGCCUGCCCCCUUCUCUCCACGCUGUCCCUGCAAGCAUGCAGCCUUUCUGCACGCUUUCUCCAGCAACAUCGCCUCUUAUUGGCCAACGCCAUGGCCAGCACUGGAAACCUGAGGUCUGUGUGUCUGUCCCACAAUGCACUGGGCUCCACAGGUUUUGAGCUGGUGUUGAAGACAUUGCCGCUGCAGUGUCUCACACAUCUUCAGCUUUCUUCAGUCUGUAGAGGUUCAUCUGAUCAGCCUGCCGUGGAAAUCCUCACUAAACUUCUUACACAGGUUGACUGCACACUCACACACUUGAGUCUGGCUGGAAACGGUCUUACGGACAACAGCAUCCUUUCUCUAUCCAGGUGUCUUCCUGUCUGUCCUUCCCUGGUAUCUUUGGACCUAUCAGCCAACCCCGCUGUGACCUCAGCAGGACUCCGAAGUCUCCUGGACGCCCUGGUGGAGGCCCAGCGACCUUUGACUCACCUCAAUCUUCAAGGUUGUCAGGUGUCUGGCCCCUGGGGUGAUCUAAAUUUGGACAACUUAUCGGAUCACAUCCGAGACCUGCGUUUGUGUUCUCAGAGUCUAAAUAAACUGGACCAGAAUGCACUGCAGCACAGCUGGAGACAAAGCACGGACCCUGUGAACAUCUUCUCAAGCACCUCCAAAUGCAUGCUGACCGUUACCGGGCCGCCACAGUAAACCUCCCGGACUGUUUUUGCCUGUUUUAGCGUUCGGCAAAAUAUAACGUGUGCUGUCCGCUCUGAUCACACGCCGGAUGUAUUUAUGGUAGAAUAUUCAUCCAAAAAGUGUCUGUGAAUGAAGCGUGUGUGCGUUUUUUAAUGAUAAGUAAUUGUAUAUUUGUGUGAAUAAGUGUCACUCGAACCCAUUUUAUUGUACAAUUAUUUCUCAAAACUCAUCGCAUUGAGUUUCUGUGUGAAAUGGAAUUGACAUCUGAUUGUACACGGUGUUGCGAAACUCUAACUGGUGGUUUAAAGUUACAGAAGAAACGGACCAAUAAAAUACUAAUUCAAGCAAAUUCUCUUUUCA